AUGGCAUUACAGUGCCUUUCCAUCCUAGGCAGCAAGAAUGAGCCUUUGUAUUCCUGUUCACCCCCAAAGAUUAGGCUAGCCGAGGCAAGUGAGCCUGAAGGGGAUCUAGACGGCUUUGGAUUUCUGGAAUCCAUGGAGGGAAAUGACAAAGCGAUACAUCACGAGUUCAUGAUUCAUGCUGCUUUGGAUCGCCUAGACGAAGUUCUGGGGUCGCCCAAGAAUUAUCAGAUCCCAAAACAUCUGCGAAGUUCACACUGGAUGGGAUCCCUUUGUGUUAUGGAAGACUGCGAAAUCUUUGGCUAUGUAACACCAAGUAACAUCAAAAUAUUAGCGUUGGUCAAGAGGGACGACAUUAUGCCCCUUCAGAAACGCAAUGACAGUGACGUCCGGAUGCUAUUUAAAGUGGUCCAUGAUUGCUACGUUCGAUACACACUCAAUCCAUUUACUACCAUCCGAUCAAAGAUUGAGAAACCAUGUCAGAACUUUGAGAAGGGCAUCAACAUGGCAAUCAAAAAGUACAACGAUACUGUUGACAUUCUGGACGACCCAACCGUAAAAAAGUUCCAGAAAAAGUCUACUAGCGGUGGUAGCGGUGGAGGUGGCUUUUUCUCUCUAACGUCGUCUUCCCCUGGUUUGGUCAUGAAGUGA